CAUUUGCCCUUUGGACAGACCUCUUGAAGAACCAAGAAGAACAAUAGACCUCCAACAAAAAAAACCCCUCUUUAAUCCCCCUUUUUUUAUUAUUCUUCCUUUUCUUUAAAACAACAACAAUAACAAAAGCAUCAGUCGUUACAAAAGAAUCUCUUUGUUUGAUUAUUUUCUGAUAUCCACCAUCACCAUCACCAAUAAACAGCAACAAGAACAACAAUCCCAAAUCACAACAGCAACCAAAAAAAAAAUUAUUAUUGUUAUUAUUUUUUGCUUGUGAAAUCAAAUAUCUCGUCCACCCCCUUUUAUUUUGUCUUUAUUUAUUGCACCUGCAAUCUCCCUCUUUUUAUUUUAUUUUUUAUUUGUCUGGUAUCCAUUUUCAGUCUUUUGAUAGACAGUCAAUCCCCAAAUCACAAGAUGCGCUACUCUACUUUUUUCAUCGCAGCCAUUGCUCCUUUACUGCUCUCCGUCACCGCAGACCCGACGCCAGUAAAAAUCCCUUUGUUCCGUCGCACCAACCCUGCUAAUCAGACUGGAAUCACCAAAGCAGCAGGAUAUCAGCUUGACAACGGUGCUCUGUCCGGAACAGUCAAGAUUGGUACUCCCCCCCAAGAAUUCACUGUAGCCUUUGACACCACAACAGGCUAUUCUUGGAUCCGUGGCUCCCGUUGUAAGUCCGAGAAUUGCUUGGAUCGUUGUACAUACUACGCCAGACGCUCCUCUACGGUUACCUCUACCGGCGAGAAAUUUUCGGUUGAAUACGGCGACAGCUGUGUGGACACACAUGUGUACCUCGACACUUUCGAAUUCGCCGGUCUGACAGUACACGACAUGCCUUUCGGUGGAGCCUACCGUAUGAGCGGAUUUGACGAUGGUUUUGAUGGCUAUCUUGGCCUCGGACGCUCGGUCAACUUCAACAGCACUAAACUCCACACAUCUUCAUCUACUGGUCUUGCCAAGCGAGAUGUUGCCCUGCCUGCCUCAGCCUUUGUACCCAACGCUUAUCAACAAGGCAGCGGUGUCCAAAGUUCUCAGUUUGGCAUGUACACCACAUCUACAAGCGACGACGGCUUCAGUCAAUCUGGAACCGGAACUAGCGCAACAGAAUCUGACACAACAACCGAUAACUCUACUGCGGCCACAGCCACAACCUCUGCUGAUGCGGCUGCUACUUCAUCUAGCAGUAGUUCUGGUGUCGUAUCUGGCGGAUUUGGAUUUGUUAAACGUAACUACCACCCCCAAACACAAGUUGCAGGCUAUCUUGUUAUUGGUGGUGUUGAUACCUCAGCUAUCAGCGGUGAUGUUGAAUACAUUCCACUUGCCAAUACUGGAGACGCAGACGCACAUGGCUGGGAUGUCUGUAUCCGUGACGCCAACUUUGAUAAUGAACUCAACAUGAAGCAGCUUCCAAAUGCCAUUGCUUCAAUUAGCACUUCAAGUCAAUUUAUUGUUAUGCCUCCUCAUCAAGCUGACAAGUUCCACGAUACAUUUGGUGGAAGAUAUCAUGCUUCUGACAAGACCUAUCGUUUCGUUUGCUGCGAGGCCGAGAAGCUUCCUACUCUCAAGCUAACUCUGGAAGACCACAUUGUUGAAUUGCCUGCAAAGUACUGGGUUCACCGAGAGAACGCCACCGACUGCUGUGGCUACUGCACCACACGUCUCAGCCGUGGCAAUUCGGAGCGUGACUGGGUGCUUGGCACAACUUUCACAAACGCUUUCUAUACUACCUUUGAUUCCGAUGGUGAGCGUAUCGGUUUAGCAUUGAAGAAGGACCACAAGGACGAUGGCCUGAGAGUCUACAAGAAGUCUCACUAAAACAAGAAUAUGAUUCUUUCUUUUCUUGCUUUCUUUUAUGGUUGCCUUGAUUAUUAUUAUUAUUAUUAUUAUAUAUAUAUUACAUUGAAUGAAUGAAGUUGAUCUUAUUCUUUCAUUCUAGCUUCUCUCCUCCUUUUUCUCCUCAAUUAACAAGAAUACUUAUAAUAGACGGACUACCCAAGGAAAAGAAACAAAAAAAAAUGGAACCUUUAUUACCUUUCCCUUUGUCAAUUAAAGAAACAAUAGAGCCAUAUUUUAUACAUACAACACUCUCACUCGCGCACAUAUUUUAUUUUAUUUAUUUCUUUAUUUCUUUAUAUAUUUCUUUUAAUUUGCUCUCAAUGUUCAACCUUUCUUUCUUUAGUUAAAUAUUUUUGCUACUCUUAUUUCUAUCAGUAUUACAUUUUAAUAAACAAAACACAAAACAACUU